GUCGUUCUUGUUUCUACUUCUCUUCACUCUUUUGGUAUAUCCAUUCCAUACAACGCAACAUCUUUUGUCACAAUGAAGUUCACUCCUGUUAUCUUAGCCGUUGCCCAGGUGGCAUCCGCUCAUUACUUCUUCGACACCGUGGUUCAAGAUGGUGCCGCCGGAAAGUCUUUCCAAUACAUCCGAGACUUCACCCGUGCCACCAAGUACAAUCCGAUCAAGUUCUCGAACAACCCGGCUGCCGAUAUUCGCGAUGGUUCCUACAUCGACGGCCCGGACAGCAGAUGCAACCAGGGAGCUUUCACCAACGCCGCCAAGACGCAGGUCCUCGACGUCACUGCGGGAAGCGACGUUACGGUGAAGCUUGGCGUGGGCGCUACCAUGCAGCACCCUGGGCCUGCCCUGUACUACAUGUCGAAAGCUCCUGAUGGCAGCGUCAAGGACUACGACGGCUCGGGUGACUGGUUCAAGAUUGGCGAGACGGGCGUUUGCACCCAGAGUGGUGACUUCACCAAAGACGCUUGGUGCACUUGGGACAAGAACACUCUUACCGCCACUAUUCCCAAGGAUACGCCAUCUGGCGAGUACCUCCUGCGCUUCGAGCACAUUGGCGUCCACAAGUCGUUCGACCACGAGCCUGAGCACUUCGUUUCUUGCGUCCAGGUCAAGGUCACAGGAGGCGGCAACGGGACUCCCGGCCCGCUGGUCAAGUUCCCUGGCGCCUACAAGUAUACCGAUCCCUACGUGAGCUUCAGCCUCUACAACGGAUACAAGGCUUUCCCGAUGCCUGGUCCUGCUGUGUGGACCGGCGGAUCGAGCGACGUCAACAGCACCUCGGCAGCUGAAGCAACGGUCCCGAGCAGCUUGCCUUCGACGACCCUGAUCACCGCGACUCGUUCUGCCACCCCCAGCGCAAAGGCUAGUGCCGCUUGCGCCAAGCUCCGCCACUGAUGAGUCUGACCAUCAGCAAUAAGAGGCAUAGAAUUCUGCCUCUGAUAUCACUCACCCUGGAUGGGUGAUGAAGUGUGUCAGAAUGAAGGCUUCUGCUUGUUGUUCAGAUGCUACUGUAGGCGGUGUGUUACCUGAGUCCUCUUCUCAUUCUCCUGUACAGUGUUAGAGACAAACUUGGAGCUAGCAUAGCCAACGGAAUAUAUAUUAUCGCAUUCCUAUGGAAAGUCUGUGCUCCAGAUGUGCUCUUACUGAUGGAGGCUGCGGAUACUUGUGUUCAAGAUGUAUCCUUAAGCUCUUGUACAUGGAUUAUGUUAUCCAAAGCAAGCAACACCGCAAGUACGUUCCUCUUGAAGGAAACAAAGAACAUGUUUGGUAUUCCUUGAUUGAACCUGAAUCAUUUCGUCCUAUUAUUGACUUCUUCACAUUUAAAAAAGAAAGAGCAGAGUGACUCUCAAACCGCCAUCACCUCGUCAACUGACA